AUGACUACUGCGAUGGCGCAGAGUCUCGAGUCCAGACCUACUGUCGUUGACUUUCGCGAUGACAGCCCGUGGGUGCAAUUAGCCAAGGCCCACUGGUUGGAUGUGAAGGUCCGCAAGGCCAAACCUGAUGUGAUCAAGAAGCAAUUAUGGGAUCCUCUGGAAGCAGAGUCUUUCAACAAUCGUUCCUUGUUGAUAUUGGAGAAUUUGAAUAUUCUCGAGAAGUUCCUCUGGCCAACCUACACCGAAGAUGCUUCGAAUCACCAUGUACUAUUGGUCGCAUUGAUUGUCAGUGUCAAGCAUCGUGAACAUUUGCCCAUAUGGGACAUCUUCUCCGAUCGCGCCGAUGACUUCUCCCAUCUCUUCCACCGCAUCCUCUCCAUGAGCAUCGAUCACUCCCUCCCGACGCGCUCCCGACUUUCCAUCAUCUCUUUCAUCAUUAGCGCUUUCCAGUCCCUCGAGAAUGUAUUGAUUCGGAAAGAGUGUGCGCCCCUAGUCUCAAUUUCGGUCUGGCAUAACCUGGCUAGCGAUGAGACGAGAGAUCGCAUCAUCGCUAAGGCCCCGUCUCUGAAGAAGGCAUGGAAAGCCUCUGGGAAGCGAUACGAGGCUGGCGACGAGGCUGCAAAAGCGAAGAUGCGCUUUGAGCGUUCAUGGCUAUACACAAUGCUCUUGGACUUCAUUCAGAAGCUCAAUGCACCUGAAAAGGCCGAGGACCUGCUGUAUUGCGAGCGAUUCCUUGAGCUGUUGGUUGACCUCGAAAGCCAGCUUCCCACUAGACGCUAUGUGAACACAUUAUUGAAAGAUCUCAAUCUUCUAUCGGUUAUUCGUCUGUCGCAGAUUUACCGUGAUCCCGAAAACGCUCUCCUCCGCGACUUCCACAGCCUCCUCAAGCAUUUUGUUGAAUUUGCGAUUGAUGAUUACACCGGUGAGGCUCUCACCCCACAGGGAGUCUACGAUCUACACUGCCAAGGAUUGGCUCAGUUGCAGAGAACCUCGAUGAAGCUUUUCAAGGACAAAUUGAUGAUCCUUGCACUGUCUAAUCUGGGUUCAAUCGAGCAGCGAUCAGAUCUAGAGGGACAAUUAUCUUCACUAGACGAUUCAGAGCUCCAGACGCUCAGCUCUGCCUUGGGAUUCCGCACGACUUAUCCAAAGUCGGCCAACAUCACUCCAGACCGCCAGUUUUACCUGGAAGUCCUGACAUCAUUCUACGAGCGCAAGGUCCCCUUCCAAGAAACAGUUGAGAAGCUGAGUCCGCUCCCGACGGAAGAAAACCUGUAUGAUCCGGCUUUGCUCAGAAAUGAGACAUAUGACGGAUCAAGGCCUCUCGCUAUUCCAAAAUUGAACCUUCAAUACUUGAGCCUUGGGGACUUCCUUUGGCGCUCGUUCCUUCUGUAUCGCUCAGAAGCUUUCUUCCAAAUCCGCAAGGAUAUGGAGUCCAUUGUCAAGCGCAUGCAGCCAAAGGCAGCUCGUGACGGAAGCCUAGCCUUUGAGGGAUUUUCUCGGAUGGCGAUUCCAAUCUCGAAGCCGGCUAUCAUUGAUGUGGCACCACCCAAGGUCGGUGCGUCAAAUCCGGCUUUCGUGCGGGCCGAGAUUGCCAUAGAGGUAGGAAGGCUCACUGAUAAUGUGAGGAAAGAAUGGGAUUCACUUCGACCCGAUGAUGUGGUCUAUCUGAUGGCAGUCCAAGGGCAGGGCGCAGAGGCGCCUCGAAUGACCCAUCUUCGAACUGCCGAGAUUGUACAGGUUCUCGACGAGGAACGCCGGGCAUUGCGCCAAUUCCCUGGUCAGACUAAUGGACACUUGCCCAAAGGUCGGCUGCGCAGGUUGAUUGUCAACUUGGACGCGGCUGCAUUCAAGGCUGAUAAGGACCUACAGAGCAAGGGCAAGCCGGAUAUUUACCCCCUAAUCAACAUAGUUGCGCGACGAAAGGGCAGAGAGAACAAUUUCAAGUCCAUUCUCCAGACCAUGCAAAAGCUCAUUGUCUCGGAUAUGGCGCUUCCUUCGUGGCUUCAAGACAUUUUCCUUGGCUACGGAGACCCUGCCGGUGCGCGAUACACACAAUUGCCCAACCGACUCCAGACUGUUGAUUUCCGUGAUACUUUUUUGGACUGGUCUCACCUGAUUGAGAGUAUUCCAGGCAUCGAACCCUCAGGAGCUGAGAAUUCCAGCUUCGGCCCGCCAUAUGUUCUUGAAUAUGUCAACCAAGAGCCGGCAGCAGAACCACCUGCGCCUAAAAAGCGACGCCGGGAGCAACCCCAGGAAGAGCUGGUAUCUACCACUGUGCGCGUUUCCACAUAUAAGCCACCAAACCGCGGCCCAUAUCCCGUUGAUGUCCCCAAGUUGAAUAAAGUACGAUUCACUCCUGCUCAGGUAGAAGCAAUCGCAUCUGGCACACAGCCUGGACUCACUGUCAUUGUGGGACCUCCUGGCACUGGAAAAACAGAUGUCACCACACAAAUCAUCAACAAUAUCUACCACAACUUCCCCAAUGAAAGGACAUUGCUUAUUGCGCACAGCAACCAAGCGCUCAACCAACUAUUCCAAAAAAUCAUCGCCCUUGACAUCGACAAGCGCCACCUCUUGCGUCUGGGUCAUGGCGAGGAAGAAUUAGAUACCGAUUCUAACUACAGCAAGCAUGGACGAGUGGAAUCCUUCCUUGAAAAUCGCAACGAAUAUCUCGCUGAAGUCAUGCGCUUGGCUGCAUCUCUUGGGAUUGAGGGCGCACACGGGAAUUCAUGCGAGACAGCAGGCUACUUCAACACAGUCUAUGUCCAACCGACCUGGGCCAAAUUCUGGGAUCAAGCAAACUCUGAAGGAGUAUCAAAUGAAGAGAUUGUCGAAUCGUUCCCAUUCCACUCAUACUUCUCAACUGCUCCACAGCCGCUCUUCAAUGCUGAAGCCACGAAGGAGUCUAUCAUCGACACUGCUGCGGGCUGCCAACGCCACAUUGCUAAGCUAUUCUCUGAACUGGAAGACAUCCGACCAUUCGAAAUUUUGCGACAACCUCGUGACAAGGCAAACUACCUUCUUUUGAAGGAAGCUAGAAUUGUGGCAAUGACCUCCACCCAUGCCGCGAUGCGCCGACAAGAAAUUGCCGACCUAGGCUUCCACUACGACAACGUGGUCAUGGAAGAAGCCGCCCAGAUUACCGAAGUCGAAAGCUUCAUCCCCAACGCCCUGCAAAACAUGAAGAACGGCGAGCUUCCCCUCAAGCGUGUCGUUCUCUGUGGUGAUCACUACCAGAACUCGCCCGUUAUCCAAAAUAUGGCUUUCCGCCAGUACGCCAAUUUCGAGCAGAGUCUCUUCUUGCGACUGGCGCGACUUGGUGUUCCCGUUAUCGACCUAGACAAGCAAGGACGCGCAAGAUCAAGCAUUGCAGAGCUCUUCCGCUGGAGGUAUAAGGAACUUGGUGAUCUUCCAGUCGUUGAAACUGCCCCAGAGUACCAGAAAGCCAAUGCCGGUUUCCAGUUCGAUUACCAGUUUAUAAAUGUUCCGGAUUACCAGGGAUCCGGAGAGCGCGAGCCCACCCCCCACUUCAUUCAGAAUCUGGGUGAGGCCGAGUACGCAGUCGCCCUGUAUCAAUACAUGCGACUGCUAGGCUACCCUGCCUCCAAGAUCUCCAUCUUAGCCACGUAUGCUGGACAAACGGCUCUGAUUCGAGAUGUCUUGAGCCAUCGCUGCGGCAAGAACCCCAUGUUUGGAAUGCCCAAGAUCGUGACGACGGUCGAUCGUUACCAGGGAGAGCAGAAUGAUUACGUAAUUCUUUCCCUCACUCGUACCCGUAGCGUCGGGUAUCUCCGUGACGUCCGCCGUCUGACGGUAGCGCUCUCCCGAGCCCGACUGGGUCUCUAUAUUCUCGGCCGCCGCGAAGUCUUCGAGUCCUGCUACGAGCUCAAGCCCGCCUUCGACCUCCUCCUGCAGCGUCCAGACAAGCUGAUGCUUGCGCCUGGCGAGAUGUUCCCGUCUUCACGGGAUGCUAGCGCUGCCGUGGACGGCACGCCUAUGGAAAGCGUUGAGCAUCUCGGCCAGUAUGUCUUUGAGAUGACGCAGGCUAAAGUCAAGGCCAUGGGUGAUGGCGAUAUCACGAUUGAAGAUGCAGCUCCCGCUGAGGAGGAUGGUCUUUUGGAUGAAGACGAGGACGAGCUUAUGGGUGCAGAUGACGACGAGGAAAUUGUAUGA